UUUCAUUAAACUGGUUCAAUACAAAGCUAAAAACUUGGAAUAUUUCAAUGAAGUUUCGAGGUACUGUUACAAUACACUUGGAAAAAAAUGUUUAAAUGAAUAUAUUUCUGUAGAUAUAAAUUACACAACAAAUAAACUUAUUGCUUCUGAAAUAUUAUGCUAUUUGGUACAAGCAGUAGUAUUAAACUACCAGCAGUAUCUUUUAAAAAAGCCAAGGUGAAUAGUAUUUAUUUUUAAUUUUAAUGAAGAACUGCUAAGUUUGAAUAUUCUCAUAUGUUUAUAUUACCGUUGUGAUUAAAAUCUAUUAUCUGUAUAACAAAAAAAUAAAGAAAUAAAAUAAAAACAGCUAGCUUCUGUAUUGCAAGUGCUCUAAAUCUGUCUGUACCACAUGAUAUUAUAAUUUAGAGAUUUUUGUAUUGCAUUAAAUUUGUUCAGGAAUAACCAAUAAAUAUUUGAUUGCGUUUUUUGUUUCAUUUAUAUUUUAGUAAGAUUUUAAAGCUUUCAAAUUGUUUUUACUAAUUUACAAUUUAACUAAUUAAAAAAUUUAUUUUGUUAUUGGAUUAAAAUGUUGAAGUCAACAAGUUAUUGUGUAAAAAAGUUAAGCUACUUGAGAAAGUUUAAAAACCAAAACAAUGUCAAGUACUACAGCCAAUAUGCGGAGGAAAUGCGGAAGUUCUGGGAUAAGGAUCCGACAAGUGUUCAUCCCUACUGGGAUGCAAAUUUUAGAUCAAAGCAGCAUAUCCAGGAUAAACCAAGGAGUCAGCUAAAAACUAAGGAAACAACACAAUUGAAUGAUGUGAGACCAAUAGGCCUACCGCACAGUGGGGACUCGCACCAAUUUGAAUGUAACGAGCUAUCAUCCUCUUCUGAAGAGACUAUCAUCGUGAACAAUCUGAUCAGGACUUACCAAUUGAGAGGGCAUUACAAGGCAAACAUAGAUCCUUUGAACUCGUCCCGAGGGCCUCUCGUGAAAAAGGACAAAAGUAAAGGGAAAAUGUUUAAACCACCGGUUUGGCUCGAUACUAAAACUUCCAUUUGUUUGCCAAACAGUACUUAUAUUGGCUACGGCAGACAAAAAUCGCUUCCGUUUGAAGAAAUAGUGAAGCGACUCGAGUACACCUAUUGCAACUCAAUUGGCGUGGAAACUGUUCACAUGCGAUCGGUCGAGCAAAUCGAUUUCAUCAGACAACGCAUGGAGCUUGAGCAAGUGCCACCGCCAAUGUCGAGAGAGAAAAAAGUUCGAAUUUUGACGGAUCUCAUCAAAGCUGGAGACUUUGAAAAGUUUCUGGCGAAGAAAUGGCCGUCCGAGAAACGGUUUGGACUGGAAGGCAAUGAUAGUUUUAUACCGGCUAUGAACUAUUUGGUUGAAUGUGGCGCGUCUCUGGGAGCCAAAUCUUUUAUACUUGGUAUAGCCCACAGAGGCCGUCUCAACACCCUAACCAAUGUGCUCAAAGUUAAUCCGAAGCAUUUAUUCACCGCCUUUCAGAAAAUAGACAUUUCCGAUGACAUAAGAGGGACUGGAGACGUGAAGUAUCAUUUGGGUACAACUACUCACAUCGCUACUGCUGGCUCCGACGAGAAAGUCAAGAUAUCACUGCUGUCAAAUCCGUCGCAUUUGGAGGCAGUCUGUGCACUUGUUUUGGGAAAAGUAGCUGCUGAGAAUAUGUUGGAUGGCAAAGAUGGUGAAUCGAAGACUUGGCCAAUUUUAAUCCAUGGUGACGCUGCUAUGGCAGGCCAGGGAGUGGUCUAUGAAUGUAUUCAACUCAGCCAAUUGGAAAAUUAUUCUUCUGGAGGCGCAAUACAUAUUGUCAUCAAUAAUCAGAUAGGCUUCACAACCAAUCCGAAGUACUCGUGUUCGUUUGAGUAUCCAACUGGAAUUUUGAAGAUGAUCGGAGCUCCCGUGUUCCACGUGAACGGUAACGAUGUUGAUGCAGUCAUUCAUUGCUGUCAGGUGGCUGCUCAGUACAAGGCUACAUUCCACAUGGAUGUUGGAAUAAAUAUAAUGGGCUAUCGAAAAAACGGCCAUAAUGAAACUGAUGAGCCCAGAUUUACUCAACCAUUGCUCUACAAAAAAAUUGACGCCAUGAAACAUGUUCAAGACAUUUAUGCUGAUCAGUUGAUAGCUGAGCAGGUGGUGACCAAAGAAGAUGUCGACAAAAUAAGAAAAGAUUACGAACAAGAACUUGAAUCUUUGUUCGUGGAAGCGUCUAAAGAGAAGCAUUUUGACCAGAGUGUAUGGGUGGAUACACCUUGGAUAAAUUCUUUCAAAGAUAAAGAUCCAAUGAUGGUUCCCCAGACAGGAGUUGAUCGGAGUGUGCUGGAUACAUUGAGCAAAGUUCUCUCGACUCCACCUGAAGACAUCAAGGCCCAUCAGUCACUAGUUCGCAUAUUCAGAAACCGAGCCGGUCACCUGGAGAAUGGAGUUGUUGAUUGGUCUUGCGCUGAGUCUUUCGCGUUCGGUAGUUUGUUGAAGGAAGGUAUCACGGUGCGUGUGAGUGGCCAGGACGUGGAGCGUGGCACAUUCAGCCAUCGCCAUCACGUGAUACAUGACCAGACCGAGUUCACGUAUCGAACCUUCAAUCUGCUCGAUAAUGUCUUUCCAAAUCAGGCCAACUACACAGUGAGCAACAGCACCCUGUCGGAAUUCGGCGUGUUGGGCUUCGAGGUGGGAGCCAGUCUGGCGUCAGCUGAUGCGCUGGUCAUGUGGGAGGCGCAAUUCGGCGACUUUGCCAAUACGGCACAAGUGAUAAUCGAUCAAUUCAUUGCGUCGGGAGAGAGCAAGUGGUUGCGCCAGUCAGCUAUCACCCUGCUGUUGCCGCAUGGGCUCGAAGGUAUGGGUGCAGAACACUCAAGUGCCCGUCUCGAACGCUUCCUGCAGCUGAGCGACGACGACGAGAGUGACGUCACACCCAACAUGGCGGCACAAAUGGCAGCCGCCAAUUGGCUGGUGGCCUUCCCCUCGACCCCCGCCAACCUGUUCCACCUGCUGAGGCGGCAGGUGAAGCUCAACUACCGCAAGCCGCUGGUCGUGAUGGCGCCCAAGGCUCUGCUCCGCUUGCCCGCCUGUGUGUCGCCCCUCGACCACUUCAUCACUGGCACCAUGUUCAAGCCCUACCUACCAGAUCCCCAGGUACCAGCCAGCGACAAAGUUAAAAAACUAAUAUUCUGUACGGGCAAAGUAUACUAUGAGCUGAGCGAGGAACGCGCCAACAAGAAGCUGAUAGACUCAAUCGCAAUCUCCAGAAUAGAACAGCUAUUUCCUCUGCCUUACGCCGAAAUAAUGGAAGACGCCCUCAAGUCGUACCCUAAUGCGCGCGUAUUUUGGGCACAGGAAGAGCACAAGAACAGUGGUGCUUGGUCAUAUAUGGCGCCAAGGCUGAAUAAUGCACUAGGCAACAAGAAGGGACCGGUGAACUAUAUUGGGAGACCGCCAUCUUGUGUUGCCGCCAACCAUUUGAAAGCCGAGUACGAUAAUGAGCGGCGGGCGUUUUUAGACAAGGCUAUGGAGGUUUGAAUAAAUUGAGAUUGUUUGUUAUUGAACCUUUUAUUGUAAAAUCUAUGAAUGU